AUGGCGAAGAAAGGCAAGAAGCAAGAAGUCGAGCAAGCUCCCGACAGCGAUAGCGAUUGGGAUGAAGGUGGAAAGAAGGUGAACAAGAAGCAGCUGGAAAAGCAGGCCAAGAAGCAGGCCGACGCCGACAAAAAGAAGGAAAGAGAGGCUCUGUUGGCAAUGGAAGAAGAGUCGUUGCCGGCCAAGGCAAAGGGUAAAGGCAAGGGCAAGGGUAAAAAGGGAGGUAACUCUGACCUGGAUGAUGCAUUGAACUCGUUUGGCUCAAAAGGCUCCAUCGACGCCCACGGAAUCGAAGAUUCCAUUGCCGCUUUGUCGCUGUUGAAAAAUGACGCCGUGGGUGCCAAGGAAAUCGACAGACACCCAGAAAGACGGUUCAAGGCGGCUUUGGCAGCAUACACAGAAAGAAGACUUCCUGAGUUCAAAAAAGAAAACCCAGGCCUCAGAAAACAACAGCUGGAACAGCUCAUCUACAAGGAGUUCCAAAAGAGUGACGAAAACCCAAUGAACAAAGAAACCAACGUCAGCUUCAAUGCCAAAGAUGAGGAUAUCCGCAAAGUCAAAGACGCAGUGCGUGAUAAACGGUCCAAGAAAUUCGAAAGAUAA